AUGAAUCUCCUCGGAAACGUACUGAAAUAUACCAAAAAGGGCCAGAUAUCCGUCUUAAUCUAUGCGACUGAUAACUUAAAAGGCCAGGACAUACUUUUGGUAGGUAUUGGCCUCGGUCUAUCAAUCGUUUGUGAAAUUGUGAGAACGCUGGAUGGAAAUAUCAGGAUCAAAAGUCGAGUCGGCGAAGGGACUACUGUUAGGGUGAUAAUCCUACUUGAGUGUCCGGUCGGAGAAAAAAGCCUCCUAUCGACGCCCUUGCGCCGAAAAGCUGGAAUAGGAGCCACUUGUGGUACCUUCUUAAUUACGUCAAAUGAAGUUGACCGAGAAGUAUGUCGCAAUAUGCGGGGUAGAUCCCCUUUAUCUUGGCGAUAUGGCCUGAGGCUAGUGUCUUGGUCCGUGAAUGAACUAAUUAAUGUUUUACUUGCAAACGAAAGCGAUUUGUCUAUAGAAGGAUUCCUAGGUUUGUACUCCGUAUUGCUACGAAUGCUUAUUUUCCGCAAUUGUAUAGGUAGCUCUAGCGACGUUAGAAUACAAUGGCUGUACCUUGCCGAUUCUAUGAACCUUGCUAGAGGAAUUUUGAACUGUCUCUACCUAAAGCUAGGAUCUUCGGCAUUACCUGCGCUGCGUUUGAAUCUUUCUGAGUAA